AUGGCACCUUCAAGGGCAACGCUCUCAAAGAGAGGAGAGGUAUUCGCGACACCAACGAGCAAGAUGCCGAUGCUGGAUGUAGUCAACGACCUAUGGCACGCAGAAACAAACCCUGAAGGAUACAUCAGUCUCGGAGUCGCUGAGAAUACAUUGAUGCACAAAGAACUGAUUCAACACAUCACCCAGAAUUUCAGUCUCGAUAGUCAUGCUCUAACAGCCGGUGAUGGGUUCGCUGGCUCUCAUCGUCUACGAAAUACCCUCGCAAGAUUCAUCAACCGCCACUUCAGCCCAUUUGAAGACAUCUCCAAAGAUCAAGUCAUUGUCACCUCGGGUGUAGGCCAGGCAAUCGAGCUCAGUGGCUUCGCGCUCUGCGACAAAGGUGAUGGCGUUUUGCUUUCGCGACCGCACUAUGGAAACUUCCCUAUCGAUCUGAGCUAUAGAGUUGAAGCCAAGAUUGUCGGUGUCUCAUUUGGAGAUGUAGAUCCCUUUAGUAUUGAGACGGUUACUUAUUAUGAGAAAGCCUUGGAAGAAGCUGAAAAGCAAGGAAUCCGGGUCAGAGUGUUCUUGCUAUGCAACCCCCAUAACCCCUUAGGUCGAUGUUAUACCCCCGAGGUUCUGAAAGCGUAUAUGCAAUUCUGCCAGAAGCAUAACCUACACCUCAUCAGUGACGAGGUAUAUGCUCUGUCGGUCUGGAAGAACCCAGAAGCCCCUGGCGCACCGGACUUUACUUCAGCUUUGGCUGUCAACUCGGAUGGCCUGAUUGAUAGAGAUCUGCUGCAUGUCCUAUGGGGAAUGGGCAAGGACUUUGGCUCCUGCGGUCUCAGGAUAGGCUGCCUCAUCAGUCGAAAUGAAGCGUUUCUACGAGCUUGCGAAGCAAACUCUUACUUCUCUGGCCCUUCAUCUCUAGCUGACCUCGCGACCGCACGUGUUCUUUCCGACGAUGCAUUUAUCGAGAACUACGUUAAGACAAAUCGAUUCCGACUGGCAGAGAACUAUGAGCUGACAACCGAGUUUCUCAAGAGUCGAAAGAUUCCCUACAAACAAGGAUCCAAUGCGGGAUUGUUCGUCUGGGCUGAUCUAUUCCAGCCCUUGCGCGCACAGAUCGACGUUACUUUGCAGAAAGAACACAGAGAAGAUCUUGACAGAGGACAGAGGACUCUUGAAUCGAGUCUGCAAGACACCUUGUUAAAGCACAAGAUCUUCUUGGCUCUCGGUGCUGAUUUUGGAAGCGAUGUACCUGGCUGGUUUCGAAUCGUGUUUGCUCAUGAAAAGACAUAUCUGCACUUGGGUCUGGGGCGCAUGAUCAAAGCUAUUGAAGCUUUCCGUGGUCAGCUUGAGUAG